AUGCCGUCUACUCCACUACAAUCCGCACCCGCAGCCGCAGCCACAGCCGCAGCCGCACAGGCGCCCGUCCCUACCACGUCCAGUCGAUUGAAAGCAGAUACGCCAGAAGAGACAGCAGUAUCGCAAAGUCAUCAUCAGCCGUCCUCCAGCAAUGCCGCCGCGUCUGCAUCCGCCGCUCCGAACAAGACCCGCCAUCGCAAGAACAAGAAGAGCAUCACCGGUAUCAAGGAUCGCUCCUCCGAAUUCUCUCCCUUCCAGACCAUCAGCGAGGGCCGCGCCUCUCGCCUUCCCAUCGUAUUCACCCGCGAUGCCGACUACUUCUUUGCCGUCUCCAAGACUUCCGUCCGCAUCUACUCACGUACCACUGGCCAGGUCGUGUCGACGCUAUCGAGCGGGCCCGGUUCUCACUUGGCUCCUAUCACCGCCAUCAUGAUCAACCCCGCGAACCCUUUGCAGCUGCUCACCGCAUCGCUCGAUGGUCGCGUCAAGGUGUGGGACUUCUUGGACGGCGUUUUGCUUUCGUCCUUUGAUGUCCAGCUGCCCAUCUCGGGAAUGGCUGCUCACGCCUCGAAUCCGAACACUGUCUAUGUGCUUCUCAAGAAGUUCCGCCACCGCGAUGCAGAGACCGCCCCCAAGAGUCUGUCCGAGAUCCUCACUGCGCUCGACAGCGGAGCUCCUUUCAACACCAUCAUUGGCCACUUUAGUCUCGACCUCAGCACACAUACUCGCCACCUUGCAUCGAUGCCCAAGUUUUCGCAAGGCGCAUCGCUACGACCCGAGCUGAUGCGGAUCGCAAAGACGAGAGAGGCAGUCGCCAUCGGCGUCUCACCGAACGGUCAAUGGCUCGUCGUCGUCGGCAACGACAAGGUGCAAGUGGCAAGAACUAAUGAUCUCGCCUCGGGCUUCACACGAUUCAUCUCUUCCCACCCUGGAUCGCAUCACCAUCACAGGGAGUCCAUGACCUGCAUGGCUUUCCACCCAACAGACUCAACCAGACUCGUCACCGGCGACUCCAACGGCCGCAUCCGCGUCUGGUACUGCCUUCAGAACGGCUUCAUGGCCCCUUCCAAGGCAGAGGCAGACGACGGUAUGGAGAGGCACGCUCCUUCGACUGUUCUUCACUGGCACGCGCAUGCCGUUUCGUCGCUCUGCUUUUCACCCAACGGAGCGCAUUUGCUGUCAGGAGGCGAGGAAGGUGUGUUGGUGGUUUGGCAUCUGGGCGCUUCUGGCAACGCCGCCUCGAAGGAGUUUGUGCCGCGUCUCGGCGCACCCCUUUCAGCGAUCGCCGUGGCCAACGGUCUCGACGGCAGGGAGCAGGAAUACGCCGUGUCGCUUGCAGACGGAAGCAUCACCUUUGUCUCUUCCAUGUCGCUCAAGCCCACCCGCUCCUUUACGCGCAUCAAGAUGGAUGCUUCCCGCCAUCUGCCCGGUGCUAUUGCCCCUGCCGACACACCCGUGCCGCUCGCCGUGCACCCUGCCAGCCGCAACCUCGUUCUUCUUGCCGGUCACCCGUCGUCUCUACAAUUCUACGAUUCAAUCAAGGACGUCAACACCAUGGAGCUCGAGGUGGCACCUUCCAACCGUGUCUCGCGCGUCGAAGACGAGCAGAUCGAACCCACUCGUGUCGAGCGCGUCCUGUUUUCCCCCUUUGUCUCUUCCAAGAUCGCCGAGGCAGGCGAGUGGAUGGUCACCUUUGACAGCCGCAAUCUUUCGGAUGUGGAAGGCGAGGUGGAGGUUGUCUCCGAGUCGAGCCUCAAGUUCUGGCGAUGGAACCCAGUCAACCGACGCUACACCCUCAACACACGCAUCGACCGUCCACACAACGGAAAGCGUCUGACCUCGAUGGCCUUUUCGCCCAGCUCGGCGCUGCUCAUCACUACCGCUUCUGACGGCAAGGUGCGCAGCUGGCACAUGGCUUCGCGCAAGCUCAAGUCUGGAAAGCUCGAGAGCUACUGGGCUUGCCGCUCUGUGUUUGGCUACCGCGACCAGGCUCCUACAGCAGCCGCCUUUUCUGCCGACGGCUCGAUCCUUGCCGUCGGUCAGGUCGGUUCCGUGACGCUCUGGAACCCAGAGAGCAACCUCUUGUCGAUGGUCAUCUCGGCGCCCGAGCUGGCUGACGGCGUGCACAACCUCUCCUUCUCGGGUCGAUAUUUGGGUGUCGCCACUCGCACAGCUGUACUUGUAUGGGAUCUGGUCCUCUCGCGACAGGUCACCCGCAAGGGCAUCGAGGCAGGCCUCGAAGCUAAACUGCUCUUGCCCGCUUCCGGCAGGAGAGCUGCCGUCGACGAGGAGGAGCGGUCCAUCUUCACGUUGGUCUCGUCGAGCGAGGCUGAGCAGGAUGACGAUCAAGGCUCUGUGCGGGUAGCACGACAGGUCAAGACGGUCAUCGAGCCCGUCUCGCUUGUGUCGGACAGCGAGAUUGCAUCGACGUCCUUGUUCGGAUCCGCUGCACAUGUCACCAAGCCAGGCUCGACAACCGGCAGAGCUGUGUUUCGUACCGCCGUCGCUUUUGUUGCGCCCGUUCCUCUGCCUGGCGGAUCCUUCGAUCAGGUUCAGGAAUUUGUCGCCAUCAGCGAGGAUAUGGACCUGGUCACCUUUUCCGCCUCGCCCUCCGCCUCUGGCAUUGCUUCAGGCGAAGCCACUGCUGGCAGCAUUCGUGGCAUCUCGAACGUCAAGAAGACUCUCUUCGACGAUCUGUUUGGACCUUCGACCUUCUACGAUGCACGCGCCGAUGCCGCGGAGGACGAAGACGAUGAGAUGCUCAGGGUUUCGGUCGACGUUGCGGGUGGAGUCGGCUCUGGUGUGGCAUCGCUUUUCUCGACCGCUCCUCACUUGUUGCCGCCUGCGACUCUGUUGUUCGAUGCAUUCUUGUCCAAGAUGCUGCCUGCUGCCAUCACGACGCCGGCCAUUUCGAGCGAGACUGCAGCUGGCGCGAACUCGCAGACACAUAUCACCGACAACGAAAAGGCAGGAUUUGUCGAGGCCGAAGAAGUGCAAGGCGCAGCAUGGCAGGAACGAACCGUGCAAGAUGUUUUGCUCGCAGACACGGACGACCUUGUCGAACUUUUCAAGAGUCAGAUUCUGAUCGAGGGUGCGAGCGACGCCAAAUCGCCGGCCAAGGCGAGUGGAGGUUCCACAACGGCAGCAUCGUCGACACCGGCAAAGAAGGCUCAGGCUAACGGCGUUGCAUCGGCAACACCCUUGUCGAAAGCCAGGUCGACUCCCAGCGAGCACAGCAGUCCUCAGUCUGCCAGAGAGCGCAAGAUGUAG